GGCGGCGGCGAGGUGCGGCCCAUGACGAGCACGUCCGGGGCCGGGUUCAGCACGAAGCAGGGCGGCGCGGCGGCGCGGGGCUUCGACCCGCUCGGCCAGGGCCGGGGCCCCGCGCCGCCGCUGGCCGAGCGCGCGGACAACUCGCCCGAGGACCAGGCCCGCGAGUUCGAGAAGCAGGUCCACGCCCUCGUCGAGGCGUCCGCGGCCGCGGCCCUCGAGGGCAACCACGACGCGGCGCUCGAGAAGGCCAAGGACGCGGGCAAGCGCGAGCGCGCGCUCUGCAAGCACCGCGAGGCCCACGGCCUCGUGGACCAGAUCAACAUCGACCUGACCUACGCGGUCUGCUUCAACCUCGCCCACGCGUACCACAGCGCGCGCAUGCACGACGAGGCCCUGCACACGUACUCCCUGUUAGUCAAAAACAAGCAGUACCCCCAGUCCGGGCGGCUCCGCGUGAACAUGGGCAACAUCUACUACGAGCAGCAGAAGUACCAGACGGCCAUCAAGAUGUACCGCAUGGCCGCCCUGGACCAGAUCCCGAACACGGGCAAGCACAUCCGGUUCAAGAUCUUCCGCAACAUCGGCAACGCGUUCGUGCGCCUGGGCCAGUUCGGCGACGCGGUCCAGUCCUACGAGACGAUCAUGGGCGGCGACCCGGACUUCCACACGGGCUUCAACCUGAUCCUGUGCUACUACGCGCUCGGCGACGCGGAGAAGAUGCGCCGCGGCUUCCAGAAGCUCAUCUCCAUCCCGCUCGCGUCCGGCGGCGACGCCAAGGACGACGCCAAGGCGACGGCGACGCGCGAUUUGGCGCGCGCGGACGGCCUCCGCCACGAGCUCAAGCGGCGCGAGAAGGAGGCCCACGGCUACAUGCUCACGGCCGCGCGGCUCAUCGCGCCGGAGCUCAAGGCGCCCGACGACGCCAUGGUCGGCUACCGCCUCAUCAUCGACGCUUUGAAGCCCGACCACGAGCUGUUAGCGUCCGAGAUGGAGAUCGAGCGCGCGCUGAAAUACAUGCGGAACAAGGACUUCGACAAGGCCAUCGAGGCGCUCAAGGCCUUCGAGAAGAAGGACCAGCAUCUCAAGGCCAUGGCGGCGACGAAUUUAUCGUUCAUCUACUUCCUCGAGGGCGACCUCCGCGCCGCGGAGCGCUACGCGGAUCUCGCGUACGAGCAGGACCGCUACAACGCGCGCGCGCUCGUGAACAAGGGCAACUGCCUCACGGUGAAGCACGAGCACGAGACGGCGAAGCAGUUCUACCUCGAGGCCAUCGGCGUCGAGGCGGACUGCGUCGAGGCGAUCUACAACCUGGGGUUGGUGAACCUGAAGAUGGAGCUCUGGUCCGAGGCGCUGCAGGCCUUCGAGAAGCUGCACCAGAUCGUGCCGAACAACGCCGAGGUCAUCUACCAGAUCUCGGCGCUCCACGAGGCGCGGGGCCAGCUGGAUAUUGCGCUGAAGUGGUACAACAUUUUGAUCACGCGCGUGCCCAGCGACCCGGGCGUGCUCCUCCGCAUGGGCCAGAUCUGCAACCGCACGGACGACGAGCCCCAGGCCUUCCACUUCCACCUCGAGUCCUACCGCCACUACCCCGUGUCCCUCGACGUCAUCUCCUGGCUCGGCGUCUGGUACGUCAAGUCGGAGAUGUACGAGAAGGCGAUCCACUUCUUCGAGCGCGCGUCCCAGAUCCAGCCCAAGGAGGUCAAGUGGCGCCUCAUGGUCACGUCCUGCUACCGCCGCAUGGGCAACUACCAGCGCGCCCUGGAACUCUACGAGAAGGUCCACGCGGAGCACCCGGAGAACGUCGAGUGCCUCCGCUACCUCGUCGCCAUCUGCAAGGACCUGGGC